AUGUCUCUACUCAUAAGGAACCUACAACGUGUGAUCCAUGUCCGCAGAGCUCCACUGCGCAAGAAUCUAGAGAUUGCCAGAAGCUGCCUUAGAGUGGGACAUUUUGAUGUGGCCGUUAUAUGUGUCAAUGAUGCCAAGAUUAGACAACUGAAUAAAAGUUAUAGAAAAAAGGACAUGGCAACAGAUGUACUGUCAUUCCCAUUUCAUGAGGAUCUCCAUCCUGAAUUUUUGCCCAAGCCAUCAUUUCAAGAUGAAUAUAACCUGGGUGAUAUCUACCUCGGUGUUGAAUUUGUAUAUAAACAGUGUCAAGAAACACAAGAGAAUUUUAACAGCAUCCUAACGGUGACAGCAGUGCAUGGCCUUUGCCAUCUUCUUGGCUAUACUCAUGACCGGCAAGAAGACUGGAGACAGAUGUUUGAUAAAGAAAACGAGGUUCUAUGGGAAAUAAAUAAAGCCACUGGAUCUGCACUAAAGCCCUUGACCACAAACCAUUUUGACCACUAG